AUGCCUCAGUCCGAGGGCUGGAUGAGCAAGCCAGGGUGCAUUGUGACUGCCUUCAGGUCUUCCGAGGCCUCUCUUUCAUCUUCUUCUGCUACCGCCUCGUGCACAUCAUUCUCCACAUCUUCUGAGGAUGAGGCCGGUUUCAUCUCUUCUUCCCUGCCCUUCGCCUCGGAGACUGAAGGUGACAGUUGUCGGCCAAGCCCCCGCCGGCGACCAUCGCAUGGCCUACUCGGACACUGGCCGCCCCGAAAGACGCUGACUGCGCGGACGACUUUGGUGACCAUCAACGUCGGCGGUAUCCGCUUCCAGACGCGCGAGGCCACACUCACUCGUCUGCCCGGCUCCCGGCUCACACGGCUUGUUCGUGGCUCUGCCAAGAGACGAGACGACGGACUUGCGGCGGCGACUAGGCUUAGGGAGGAUGUGACGAAAAACGAGUCUGUACGACGGGAAAAACGACGCAGAGGCGACGGUGUCGAGGGUGUCCUUAUAGGAAGGCGACGACAUCGCACAUCUCAUCAACAGCAUAGACAUAAGCAUCAUCAUCCGUCGACUGGCGGGCGGUUUGAGUACUUUUUCGAUCGAGAUCCAGAUGUAUUUCGUUCUGUGCUCAACUACUACAGAACCGGAGAGCUACAUCUGCCGUUGCAUGUGUGCGGACCAGCGCUGGAGAGGGAGCUGAAUUACUGGCAGAUUGACGAAAGAGAAGUUGAGAAGUGCUGCUGGAUUCAUUAUAUACACUUACGUUCACAAAAGUCGUCACUUCUGGACUUUGAGUCCUUCUUUUCAGAUCAGGUAUGA